AUGACCUUUGUAAAUGGAAGAGGAAACUCGUUGCCGAUCUCAAUCGAACUCGUGAUGGAGAUAUUCUCGAGGUUGCCGGCGAAGUCUAUAGCCAGAUGUCGGUGCGUGUCGAAGCUCUGGAACGCCGUACUACGCCGCCCAGAUUUCACGGAGCUGUACUUGACCAGAUCUUCUCCCCGCCCGCAGCUCUUGUUCAUCUUCCGAGACAAAGAGUAUGCGUUCGUCUUCUUCUCCACACAGCAUCCUCAAAACCCUGUUAAUAACUCGUCCUUUGCUGUAGCCGCCAGUCGUUUUACCCCUUCCCUCAGAUUAUAUGAUUUCGUUGGUGCUAGUAACGGCUUCGUCCUUCUCAGAGGUGUCAAGACAACUGCUAAUCAUAAAGUGCUACUGUUGUCGUUGCUAUUUAACCCCAGCACCGGACAAUCGUUACUUUUACCGGAAGGCAAGCCGGAAGUGAAGCCCAAGUGCAAUAUGCUUGGGCUGAAUAUGGUUAAGUUUAUGGGGUAUGAUCCAGUUAAGAAACAGUUCAAGGUAUUGUUCAUUACCAUGUCAGGUGCAAAUGGAGAUUAUGAGAGAUAUGACGCGUUUCAAGUUCUGACACUUGGAAUUGGGAAACCAUCAUGGAGAAUUGUCGAAUGUUGCUUACCCCAUGUUCCCAGACCUGGAGGGAUAUGCAUCGAUGGUGUCUUUUACUAUAUAGGUAAUGUCGACAGGUCUUCCGUCCAAUGUUUUGUAGUUUGUUUUGAUUUUACUUCUGACAAGUUGAGCUUUCUUAACCUCAUUGGACCGAUGCAAGAUGCAACUACUCUGAUAAAUUACAGUGGCAAACUAGGUUCUCUUAUGUCUAAGUAUUUUUAUGGGAGAGAUACAAGUUUUGACUUGUGGGUUCUCCAAGACUUGGAAAAAAAGGAAUGGUCCAAGCAUGUUUUUGUAUUACAUCCUCCUGUUUGGCAGCAUGUAGUUAAGGGGUUACGCUGUUUUGGAGUGGUUGGUACAACUGAAUUUGUGUUUGUGCCGACAUUUCUGUGUAAUCCUUUUUAUGUUUUCUACUACAAUGUCGAGAAGAAGACUGUCGUAAGAGUUGGAGUUAGAGGAAUGCAAGAGUUUAAUGGUUAUCCUGUUGACGACUUUUCAAAUCAUGUGGAGAAUGUAGAGCUUAUUCGAGCAUUUUAG